AUGUAUUAUACACUAAAGGUGAAUCAAAAGGAGAUUCUACUUGGGCAAAAGCAGCCCAGAUCCUUGGUCAGUGACUUGAUGGAUUUGCUCGAAAAACCAAUCCACAAACGGGCUAUAGAUCAACAUGUAGAAGACAAGUUGACAACGGUCAGGUAUAUUGAAAGUUUUGAAAAAGACCAUUAUCAAAGAAUAUUGCGCGAAUUGACCUCUGUGUUGCAACCACUGGGAAAAUCUAGCAAUCAAAAUCAACCUAUAACUGCCUGUCAUUCGUUACUUGGGUCAGAAGUGAAAGCAGUAAACCAGUAUAUACGGAAGUUGAGAAAACAGUCAGAUAUUAUUUUUGUGGCAGAUUAUUUACUUGCGCAGGGGCGACUCAAUACAACCUUUCUCGCAUCUUUGGUAUUCAAAAUGAAUCGGGCUACUUUGAAAGGUUUUAUUAGCACAACAAUCAAUGACGGCAGGUUUGCAUCGCUGGACGAAGCAUUGCUCUGUAAAGCGUAUGUGAUAUUCUGUUAUCGUUUAAGGCAAUUGGGAAUGAUGACGUUGUCUGAUCAUCUUAUCAAACAACAACUAUCAUCACUUUGGCUACCCUGCAUCCGUCGUGAACAAUUCUCAAAUGCAAAAUACCUGAGAAACCUUAUGUCGAUAUUGAUGGAAGCUUUAGAUGAGAAUGAGUUGAUAUCCAUCGUAAAAUCCGCCAAGAGUGUGCACAUGGCGUAUAUAUUAUGGGAAUUGAAACCACACAGAUACAGAGAGAUAAAAGAGGCAUUUGUUGUUAGUUCACACCGUCCUAGCUCAAACCGCAAUCUAUCAGCGCAUCAGAAAUUGAUCCUUUAUUUAUUAUCAAACCCAGGUGUUUAUCAGGACGAUCAGUUGCAGAUCAAACUAAAUGAGCUUUCUCGACGGCAUCGACUUUCAUAUGGUGAGUGCGUUUCGGAGAACUCAUUUUUCGAAUCGUUAAAAUGUGUCAUUGCAUCCCAAAAUAGUGUGCUUUUCUGUUAG